AGGGCACAUUUCAGGUCCACCACCCCCACACCAGACACUGAGCCCUUUACCAUUGGCCAAAUCAAAAUACCCUGAGCUCCACAAGCCCACUAUUCUGGACCAGUUGAGGAAAGUAGAAGCCAGAGGUUUUGAUCAUGAAAACCUUAGCAAAUAUUCUACUUGGAUGUGUUAUUCUGAAGGCAAUUAUUGCUGCUCCCUCAAGGCAAGGAAGACAGCUGGAAGAUCUGGACACAUAUGAUGCAGCAAACUAUGAUGUCGACCUAGAAAACCUUAAUGUGGAGAAUCAAGACAUUUAUGAUUAUGAUGAUGGGCUCACAAUUGAUGAACCCCAGAUUGAAAUUGGAACACUUCCACCCAUUGUUGAUCGACGCCCACAGCCCAGACCUUCUCGGGUAGAUGAAGAAGAUGAGGUCCCUUUGAAACCUUUACCUCCAGCACAGAGUUCAGGAGGGUCCGAACUACUUGGUCCAGAUACUCAGGGAGGACUUCCUACAUGUCUACUGUGCACGUGUCUAGGAGGAUCAGUCUACUGUGAUGAUGUCAAACUGGAAACAGUGCCUCCGCUACCCAAAGAUACAACCCACUUCUAUGCUCGCUUCAACAAAAUUAAGAAGAUUAACAAAUCUGACUUUGCAGAAAUGAAUAAGUUAAUGAGAAUUGAUUUAACAAGCAAUCAAAUCACGGAAAUUGACGAGGAUGCUUUCCGUAGUUUGCCUGCAUUGGAAGAACUAGUGGUACGGGAGAAUAAGAUUCGCCAGCUUCCAGAGCUGCCCCAUGGCAUGACCUUGAUAGAUGCCAGUCACAACAAUCUUGGAAGCAAAGGGAUAAAGCCAGAAGCCUUUAAAGAAAUGAGCAAUUUAUUAUAUCUGUACCUCACUGACAACAACCUGGACCACAUCCCUCUUCCUCUACCUCACACCUUACGCUCACUUCAUCUCCAGAACAACAAUAUCCAGAUGAUUCAUGAAGACACUUUCUGCAAUUUAAAAGACAUUAACUACAUCCGUAAAGCUCUGGAGGACAUCCGACUGGACGGCAACCCAAUAAACAUUAGCAAAACUCCACAAGCCUAUGUCUGCCUUCCCAGAGUGCCAGUUGGCAGACUUUAUUAAUUAUUUGUUAAUUUUUAUCAAAAGCUUUAAUUGAAAUAAAUAAAUUACAUACAGGCCCAAAGUCAAAACACAGAAACUGAUCAGAACCUUAACUUUGUGGUCAUAUAUUCUACUUAAUUAAAAACACACAGUAUGCUUUUAUUACUGUGAUUAUAAAGAUUUUUGGUUCUACUUUUUACUAUUUUGACAUAAAAAUGUGUAAUUAAUAAUUGGUUGAUAAUAUCAAAACAUUGUAAUAACUGCUUCAAUAAUAAAAAAUAAAUUGUAUAGUGUAAAAAUGUUGAAUAUGUUGGCAUAAUCAUACACUUCUCAAAAAUUUUAAUAUUUUAUAACAAUCAUAUAUAGUAGAUACAUUCAGUAGCCUAUGUAUGUGUAUGACUGCAGAGGGCUGAAUGGCAGGCUGCUGAAGGUGUCGUUUGUAAGCACUUUUUGGCUGUAUCCAUGGUUGAAUAACCCUAACCCUAAAUGAAAUACUGUCCUUGUAUAGAAAUUUGUUUGGUAUUUAUUCUUAUGCUCGGAAAGUCACAAAAUAUAUACUACCUGACAUAUUCAAAUCAUUCAAGAUUUCUGACAUAUUGCUAUUAUAAACAUCACUUACACGUUUUGUUUAAAUGGCCAUUUUUAUUGAUAACUCCCAUGAUCAAGAAGAAAGAAGAACAUUAUCAACAGUAAGUUUUUCUUCUGGAGCAUGUGAGUUAAUGGUAAAUUUGCGUACUAGAACAAAAAUGUGUGAGUGUCACAUUUGAAGACUUUUAAAAGGUUUGAAUACAAGGCAAUGUAUUUUGGGUUUGUGCACCAUCUGCAUUAAGUGUGACAAAAAUUACUUAGCAGGGGUGGCACUCUGUAGUUCGGAAGAGCAACAAAUGUGUUCGGUUUCACUGAAACUUUAUUUUUUAUUGAACUUUAAGCUCAUUAUACCUGUAUUUGCCUGUUGAGAUGGAAUUCCCUCUCAUUUUCUUAUUUCAAAUUCAAGCUUGAGAGAUCACACAUCAAAACAGUAAAACAGAUUUCUUUUAAGUAAUUCCGUAUACAUCUAUUAUCUGUCUGUUUCUCAAUCACAUCCUCUUUGCAAGGCAGAAGGGAUUUAGAGCCUAUUCCAACAGAAUGAGGUUUUUAAGGCAUAAACCAAAGCCCCAUAGAUUUUUAAUCGUACGCAGGACAUUCUUACAUACAUAAUAACGCUCUCUCAAGAUGGUAGUUUGAAAUUACACAACUUUUGGAUUUGGUGGACACCUAUGGGAAAAAAGUGUAAGGUCUACUCAGACAAUUACUAGACCAGGAGUUAAUUACAAAUCACUGGAGGUGAUAGGCAACAAUGCUAGCUACACUCUUAAAAAUAAUGAUUCUUUAAUGGCACUUUACUGGUUCCUUGUAGAAUUAUUGUUUGACAAAGAACUAGUUCUUCCUGGGAAGGAUUCUUUGCAUAUGAAAUUGGUUCUUUGUGCUUUGAGAAACUUCCCAAUAUGUUGAAAAACACUGAAAUCUUCAAUGUAUGUUAGGCUACAGUAGCAGGGCACUAAUAAAUUAUGAAUACCUUGGCUUAGCCUGUGUUAUUGCAUGCAGCAAGAGUCCUUUAAACAUCAAAACCUAUUGGUAUUUCACAUAUCUGUUACUAUCUAUUCAUGGUUAAUUGCUAUAUGAAGUCUGUUACGGAUCUAAA